CCGCGUGCAUCGCACAAAUCGAAUGACAUGCGUUUCUUACGCUGACGUGCAGUCGUCGCAAAACGAUGGUACGUGCAACUACUAUCAGUCCCUGGGUCGAGAUCGGUCUUCGUUUCAUCGGCUUGUGGCCGGAUUCGGCCUAUCCGGAUCUUUACUGGACGUCAUACAUGACAUUUUUAACGGUGGUGCAGUAUUAUCAAUAUUCAUAUGUUGUUGCGCAUUUUGACGCCCGUGAUCUUUCGCUGUUGAUGGACUGCCUCGGUCUGUCUCUGGCGAACAGUCUCGCCAUGCUGAAACUUAUCAUGCUCAGAUGGAAUCGCCGGAUAUUCCAUUAUAUCUUGUCGGCGAUUAAUAAAGACUGGAAGGAGGGCAUUAAUUGCGAUUUUUCACGGUUUACCAUGAUGAUAGCAGCCCGUAAGGCGCGUCGUUGUUCUUACCUGCUCAUCGGUAUCCACGCUAUGGCUGGUUUCUCCUUGUCAGUCGGUGCUUACAUAUUCCACGCAACAAGUACUGAUGUUCGGGAGCUGCCUGUGAAAAUGGAUUUUUCCUUCGAUUUCACCAAAUCGCCGCUGUUCGAAUGCAUUUUGAUUGGACAAUUUCUUUGCAUAUUGACAAUUGCCUCCAUAGUUGGUAUGAUCAAUGCGUUGCUCUCCUGCUUGUAUCAUCAGUACGCUUACAUAUUCACACAUUUUGAUCUGAACAACCUCUCGCUCUUAAUUGACAGUCUUGGCGUCACCUUGGCGAACACCCUCACUUUUCUUAAGCUCUUCGCUCUGUGGUGGAACCGGCGGAUAUUCUGCUGCAUCCUGAUGACGAUAGAUAGUGACUGGAAAGACUGCGUUAGCAACUCUUAUGGGCUCUCUAUGACGAAACUGGCGGAUUUGUCGCGUCGAUGUGCCAACGUGCUUAUCGGCAGUCACGUUAUAGCUGGGUUCUUUUUGUCGGUUGUCUUUUACGUGGUGCGCUUAGUGAAAUACGCGGACAAUGAGAUUUCUCGAGAAUUCCCGGUGAAGAUGGAGUUCUCUUUUGACGUGAAGGAGUCGCCGAUCUACGAGUUCAUCGUGAUCGGACAGAUUAUUUAUGAAAUGUCGCUGGCCACUAUAGUUGGUAUGGUGAACGCGUUACUCUCCACGUUGGUGCUGCACGUAGGUGGGCAAAUUGACAUCAUGAACCAAGCUUUAAUGCAAAUGUCCAUCGACUACGCAUCGAAACCUAAAUCAAUCAGUGACGCAGUGUAUGAGUCACUUUGGUACGACAUGUCACCUUCCGACAGUCGUGUUUUGCUGUUCAUAAUGGUGAGAUCUCAAAAGCGACUGACGAUCACCGCGGGCAAAGUCGCCGAUUUGACAUUGGAAGGAUUUACGAAUUACUCCUACGUGUACACGCACUUGGACUUCAACAACCUCACGAAACUGAUGGAUGGCCUGGGCCUGACUUUGGACUAUACGCUGACGAUCUUGAAGCUGCUCUGCCUUUGGCCCAAUCGCCGGAUAUUCGCGGAUAUCUUGGCCGCGAUGGACGACGACUGGAAGGACUGCUCCAGCGAGUUGCAGGAGUGCGUGAUGACCGACAAGGCUAACUUGGCGCAUCGAUGCUCCAACGUCAUGAUGUCCAUCAACGCCGUAGCCACUGUUCUCUAUUUCGUCGACAGCCAAGUACGGCACCGGAUGAUUUCCAAGGACGGGCAGCACCGUGAGUUCCCGGUGCAGGUACAGUUGCCGUUCGAGGUCCAAGAAUCCCCUACUUUCGAGUUUGUCCUGUUGGGGCUGUUCUUUCACGUACUGGAAACGGCGACCGUGAUCGCCAUGUUGAACGCGUUGAUCUUGACGUUGUCCUUAGGUAUAAAUAUGGAGAGUAAAUCCGGAAUACUGAUACAAUUUAUUAUCCCCUAUUUCGCAGUAACUAUAGAAGCGUUCGUUUUCUGUUUUGCCGGCGAAUACUUAAGCACUAAGAGCAGAUCUAUCGGCGACGCGGCAUAUGAGGCAGUUUGGUAUGAUUUAUCUCCCAGCGAGUGCCGAAUUUUAUUAUUCAUGAUACUCAGAUCUCAGAAACGAUUGACGAUCUCGGCCGGAAAAGUUAUGGACCUGUCACUCGAGGGCUUUACUUCCGUCAUGAAAGCUUCAGCGUCGUACAUUUCAGUGCUACACGCGAUGUACUGAGAACCGAG